AUGUUGAGUAAGUACAACACCAAACCUCAACAGCAACACUGGGCUGCUUUGAAACGAGUGAUGCGUUAUUUGAAGGGUACUCAAGACUUCAAACUGAGUUAUAAGAAGAAUCCAGAGGAGACAAUGACGCAUGGCUACUGUGACUCAGACUGGGCCAGCUCAGAAGAUGAUCGGCGCUCUUGCACAGGUUACACAUUCUUGUUUCAGGGAGGAAUGAUUAGCUGGAACUCGAGGCGGCAACCUACUGUAGCGUUGUCUACAACUGAAGCGGAGUACAUGUCGCUGUCAUCGUGUAUACAAGAAGCUUUGUGGCUGAGACAACUUCAAGAAACAUUUUGGCCACAGUUGAAGAGUGAACCGAUGGUUAUUUAUAGCGAUAACCAGAGCUCAAUCAAGCUUGCAGAAUUUGAGACCUCAUAA